AUGGCUGUCGAGCAUUCGCCUCCGCAAAAUCGGGCUGUGAACAUGCUACAGAGCCUCGCCGUUCUUCGUGGACGGAGGACACGCGCAAGGAACUCAUUGCAAACGGACCUCGAGAGGAGUCAAACGUUCGAGCAAAUCUCAGACUCCAAUCGCCUGGAGUUUUUGACAGUAAAGGCCCGCGUCGAAGAGCGGAUCGCCUUGAUUCGUCAACUCGUGGACCAGAUCUGUCGGCAUCCGGAGCUCCCGGAAGAGGAAGCGGAAAGAGAAACGAGGGAGGCCGACGAUGUCAUCGAAACCACGAUCGCCGCGAAGGCAGUUAUCGACGCCUUAGAGAUGCUUCAGUUGAGGAAAGAAAGUCCUCCGGCACCUCCAGGCAUUUCCGUAUCUCCAUCACCAUCGCCUGCGAUCUCUGUCGCCGCCGACUCAAGAGACCCGAAAGGUGGUGACGUCAUCCCGGUUACGAAUGCCGCCGACAACGACACUCGCACAUCGGAUACACCCGAGCGGAACGCCAUGUUGUUGGCACCCGAUCAAAACAGUGCCAUUGUUGUGACAGCAAGACCAGCUGGACCAGUAACAUCGAGCGUGUGUGCCAACUCCAAGCUGUAUUUGGAUACGACUCCGGAGGUAUUCGAUGGGAAAAUCCAUCGAUACAAGUUAUGGAGAGCUCAGUUCGUCAAUUACGUCCGCCGACGGACCGAAGCCACCGGGAGCGACAAACUUGUCGCGCUCAGCAAACUAUUGGACGGACCCCCGAAGAGCCUUAUACGCGAGCUCCCGCUCACCGACGACAACUACGACGUAGCGUUGAGGUUGCUUGAUGAGAAUUACGAUAUCCCCGAGAUGCGGCAGCGAGACGUGCUCGCUAGUGUUAGUAGUGUACCUCAAGUUCGGAAUCAGAACGACACUGCUGGACUGCGCGAGCUCCUUAACGUAACCCAACGUACUAUACUCGCUCUGGAGGCAGUGCAGGUACCACUCCGAAGCAUCGCAUUGCCCUACGAGCAAACUAUUCGUAGAGCACUUCCUGUGAGUCUCCUGUUGACGUUCGAGGAACACCAUCUCAUGACGGAGGGCGCGGUCGACGACCCGUGCACGGAUCAGGCGCUCUCUGCGACAAAACGCUUGGAGCGGUUGCUUCAAUACCUGCGCAAGUAUACGGAACUCCGCGAAAGACUCGCAACGGGGGACUCACGUCUCACGGGUACAGUGGGUGAUUUCGACGGACGGUCGUGCAUCAAUCGUAGACACGGCCAGUCCAUCGAGUCGCCAAGGUGUCCACCCCGGAAGCAGUUUCGCUCCACCGUGGCUGCUGCCGCCGGCAGUAGCUCCCGUCGAAGGCAGGGCAAGGCUCGUGGUUUGUACUGCUUCUUCUGUAACGGCAGUGGACACUUGCCGUCGAUGUGCUCAGCAGACAUCCCCCCAGAGCGACGCCGCCAAAUCCUCCAACAGCGCCGUCGAUGUUCGACCUGCUUCCAGUUCGAGCACACUCCCCCACGAGUGUGCGCUGGUCCGAGGGAGGCCUGCAAGACGUGUAAUAGCAGUGCGCAUUACACAUCGAUGCAUCAACAGGCUCAGACGGCCGCAAGCAUAACGCAGACCGUCGCCGCGGCUGCCAUCAAUCGGGCGGUCGUAAUGACAGCAUCGGCGCUCGUCUUAUACGAUAACGCCGAGAUCCCGGUGCGCUGUUUCCUCGAUAGUGGCUCUAUGAUUACGUUCGCAACGCCGCGACUGAUCCAACGAUUGUCCGGUAUCCGUCCGAGGGACCGAGUCCAGCUCAACUUACAGGGAUUCACGAGUGAGCACCUCCUCACCGCCGAUCGGUACGCCAUCAAGCUGGGUAGUGCCCAUGAGACCGCGGAGUCCAUCAUCCUUACCGUACACGAAUAUAACUUCAACGUGGACCCUCCGUCGAACUGCACUCCGGAGAUGCGCCAAAUCAUACAAAAAUUCGGGCAAACUCACCAAUUGGCGGAUCUGUCGCUGGUCGAUCCGCGUCUCGAUGUGCAGCCGGACCUUCUUAUCGGAAUAGAUCAGAUGUAUAAAAUCGUACACCUGAACCGGGAGACGGCCAUCGGGGGAGGAUUGAUCGGUAAAUCAUCAAUAUUCGGCUGGAUCGUUGCUGGGUCCUUCGGCCCGAAGACGACGAGGGGAGAUAUCGCGUCAGUACACCCAGUUUGUUGCGCCGCUACAUUAUCGCAACCUGCACGAGACCUGGAGCGACUCUGGACCAUCGAAGCUGUUGGAGAGAAUGAACAAGGGAAUGACGAGCUCAACGCGGCCGAGUCGAACGCCAUGGCACAGUUCAAGAAAAGCGUGUCCUACGAUGGUCAUCGAUAUAUGGUCGCUAUGCCGAAGCGGGGAACCAUCGCACAAUUGGCUAACAACCUGGAGGUUGCGAGGAAUCGGCUGAACGCCAGGCGUCGCGCUCUGUCACAUGACCCCAAUGCAUUCUCGCGAUAUGAUUCCGAAAUUAUGGAGUUCUAUCGAGCUGGUCACGCAGAGAUAAUAGACGACGCGGAUGUCGGUUCUCCAAGUGCUCGUGAUGGUUGUUUCUAUAUGCCACACCGACAGAUCGUCACGCAGCGAGCCACGGGCGAAAAGUGGCGUAUAGUGUUUGAUUGUUCGGCGUCGGCUCCGGGGGAGGGAUCGCUCAACUCGCACUUACCGGUUGGGCCGAACUUGAACCCAGACAUCCUCAAAUUGCUGAUAAACUUCCGUUUGAAACCAGUGGCCCUCUCAGCGGACGUGGCGCACGCGUAUAUGACCAUAGAUCUUGCCCCAGAGGAUCGACCAUACUUCCGCUACCUCUGGCAGGGCCCCGGCGACGAUCGAGUCAGUUGCUAUCAGAUGCGACGCGUUACCUGGGGGGCUACCCCAAGCGGAUUCCUACUCGCAGCGGUGCUAAGGGAACAUUUUCGACGGGUCGACCCCGACUCGAACCUGGAGCUCGGCGACGCGUUCUACUUCGACGAUAUGCUCAAGAGCUUCAACUCGGAGCGAGAGGCGAUUCAAUUCAUCAAUCAGCUGAUCCCCUGGAUGAAGUCCGCGAAUAUGCAGCUGGGAAAAUGGAAAUCCAACGCGACUCGGGUACUGAACCAUGUGGGGUCCUCAGACACCCCAGCAGCGACCCCGACCCCGUUGGAGUCCGGACUCCUAAAGGUACUAGGCAUCGCGUGGGAUCCCUCCGGAGAUGAGUUCCAGUUCCAGAUGAAGGAGAUCAUCAGGUCAACCAGCGACAUGAAAAAGACCACGAAGCGCAACGUACUGCGAAUCGUGGCGUCAAUCUUCGACCCAGUGGGAUGGCUCAUCCCAUUCACUCUUCGCGGAAAACUGCUGAUUCAACAACUGUGGACAGAGUCGCUCCGUUGGGAUGACGUGGUGUCCGACCCUCUCCGUAGAGAGUUCGAGAGAUGGACGGAGGAAAUUCCAAUGUUAAACCAAAUACAUAUUCGCCGCUUGUACCAAGAACCUGGGCGCGAAAUCAUCGGUCACCAAUUACAUGUGUUUGGAGAUGCUAGCGAGCGCGCCUAUGCUGCGACCGCCUAUCUUCAGACGUUGUACUCGGACGGAGGCAGUACGUACGCGCUGGUAAUUGCUAAAUCCCGAAUCGCCCCGAAAAACAAGGUGACGCUGCCGCGCCUGGAGCUGAUGGCAGCACUUCUGGCCGCUCGACUCCGAUCUUUCGUCGUCGAGAGAAUCGGAUUGAGGAUCGAUCGGAUCACGCAUUAUACCGAUUCGGCCGUGGCCUUUUUCUGGUGCGUCUCGAAGGAGCCGUCGAGAUGGAAAACCUUUGUGCACAACCGCGUGCUCGAGAUACAACAACUCACAUCGCCAACCGAGUGGUUCCAUGUCGACGGGAGGCGGAACAUCGCUGAUGUUGCCUCGCGGGGUUCCUCAGUCAGGGAACUCUUGGCGAAUUCGGACUGGUGGCAAGGCCCGUCCUGGCUGAGCGGACCGGAGAGAGACCGUCCGGUGAAGCGUCUGCGGAGUGGUAGUGACGAUUCGGAGCCUGGUAGUUCAGAACUCCGCCUAGUUGUCACGCCCGUAGUCGCGACACCGCCGAUGGUUGAUCUUGGACGUUUCAGUAGCUGGGAAAAAGCUGUCCGAGUGGUCGCAAACAUCUUUCGUUUCGCGGAGGGUUGCCGUCGUCGAUCCGGAUUCGCGGAGGGUGAGCUGAGGCGACGUGCCGAGCUGUUCAUCAUUCGCUCGACCCAGACUGAGUUCUUUGCGGCGGAGAUCGGCUCAACGAUGAGCGGAGAGCGGCCUAUCCGAUCGUCAAAGUUGAGCUCUUAUAGGCUUCUUCUGGAUGAGAAUGGGGUACUUCGAGCGCAAACCCGACUCACCCUGGGGCCUCAUUUCACGCACGAUGAGAAAACACCUAUAAUCAUUCCUAUCAACAGUCGCCUUGCCAUCCUCUUGAUCUUGCAUUAUCAUAGAACCAAUGCCCAUCUCGGAGUGAAUGCAGUCAUGAAUAGUCUACGGCGACGAUUCUGGAUCCUUAGGGGACGUCAAGUGAUAAAGAAGAUUCUCCGCGGCUGCGUCGUUUGUCGACGGACUCACGGUCCCACUGCCGACCAGACUCAGGCCGCCCUACCGGCGGAGCGCGUCUCUAUCGGAGCUCCGUUUGCCGUCACCGCAGUCGACUUCUGUGGCCCCUUCUAUACCCGAAGCCGCCAGGGUGUCAGCAAGACGUACAUCGCCCUAUUCACGUGCUUCAGUAUACGAGCGGUUAGGCUUGAGUUAGUUGAGGAUUUGUCCGCAUUGCAAACCCAUCUGGCUCUGCGCCGUUUCCUGGCGGAUUACCCGGCGUGUCGGUCCAUCCUGUCCGAUAAUGGGAGGUCGUUCGUCCGCGCAGCGGCAGAUAUCCGCCGCUUGUUUAAUUCGUUCCGAGACCCGAGGGUCAGAGAAGUGUUGGCCCAGCAUCGGAUCGAGUGGACUUUCAGUUGUCCUCGAAGCCCAUGGCGUGGAGGGUUAUUCGAACGCCUCAUUGGAGUGACAAAGAAUGCAUUGACGAAAACCCUUGGUCGGAGUCUGAUCAGCGCGGAAGAGCUUCGGACGAUACUCUGCGAGUUGGGCGCCACUAUCAACAGCCGGCCCUUGUCGUAUACAUCGUCAGAUCUACAGGAGCCGCGGGCCAUCACCCCGAACCUGUUCCUCAGGGGCGGUCCUCCGUACGAUCCUUUGUGCUCCGUAACGAGUCUGGAUGAGUUGGGACCCAAUGGUGCGGUCAGAUCCGGACCGCCGGAGGCCGACGAUCUUCGUCAAAGACUUCUCCAGAGGACAAGCUAUUUCCGUUCUUUGUCACAACGCUGGCAUCGAGAAUACAUACUGCUGCUGAGAUCAGCUAAUCUCGACAGUAAGGGGAAACCGCGUCCCUUGGCCGACAACACCGUCUGCUUACUGAAGGAAGAUAACGUCUCUAGAUCGAAGUGGAAUCUAGUUCGAGUCCUCAGGGGAAAUCCCGGCCGCGACGGUGCAGUGCGUACCUACUCGAUACGCUUCGCAAACGGCUUCGAGACUCGGCGGCCGGCCCAAUUGUUGAUCCCCUUAGAGGUGCCGGACAGGGAGGAGGAUCUGCAGACCAGUGAUUAA